UAUAAAACUUGGUUCACAGAAUUGUCAAAACGGAUAUUUCCUACAUUUCUCCCGCCCCUUUUAUCGCGCGCAGUUAGUAUAAAAAGUGCGAGCAACGCCGAAACAGCAUUCAGUAGCCUUCGCGCAGUCUACAGAAGUGCACGAUGAGAGUACUGAUUGUCGCCGCCGUCCUCGCCUGCGCCGCCGCAGCGCCCUCGGGCCUGCUGGCUGGUCCCUACGGUCAUGGUCUGAUCGGCCAUGCCGCCCCUCUGGCUUACAGCCAUGGCGCCCCUCUGGCUUAUGGCCAUGGCGCCCCUCUGGCUUAUGGCCAUGCCGCCCCCUUGGCUGUAGCGCACGCCGCCGUCCCCACCAUCUCCCACGGUGACAUCCAGGGCGCCGCCAUCGAUGCUCAUGUUGAGGCUGCUGACCACGUCCGCGCCGCCGUCGAUGCCACCCGCGAAUACCACGACCAGGCUGCUGAGCUCCACGGACAGGCUAUCAACGCCGCCGAGGACCACUCGUGGCAGGCUGUUGAUGCCGUGAAGACCCACGAGGCUCAGUUGGACGGUGCCGCCGCUGGCGCCGCGCCCAUCAUCGCUAAGCAGCUGGCCGGCCACGCCGGAGUGUACGCCGCCCCCGCGCUCGCGCACGCCGCCUAUGCCGCGCCCAUCGCGCACGCCGCCUACGCUGCCCCCAUCGCGCACGCCGCCCCCAUCGCGCACGGCGGCAGCCACUCCGUGUCCUCCCAGUCCCUGCACCAGACCCACCCCGCCCCGCUCGUGCACGCUCCCGUGAUCGCUCACGCCGCUCCCGUCGCGUACGCCGCGCACGCCGGCUACGCUCACGCUGGACUAGCUCACGCCGGCUACGCUCACGCCGGACUCGCUCACGCUGGCUACGGCCAUGCCGGUCUUGCCCACGGUCUAUCCCACUGGUAGACUAUUAGAUUUACAAAAAGUGCCAAAUAUUUUCUAAUACUCAAACGUUUCGAAUUUAAAUUAAAAAAAAAAACAACAGAAAAGGCGAGGAUGUGUAAAUAAACAAAAAAGAAAAAUUA